AUGGGCGAGGAGGCCAGCAAGUGCGGGCAGGUGCUGCACAUGCACGUGGACGCAGCCAGCCAGGGGUUUGUGUACCUGAAGUUCUCGGCCCCCGAGGGCGCGCAGGCGGCUCACAAGCUGCUCAACGGCCGCUACUACCAGGGCAACCAAAUCUUGGUCGAGUUCCAGUUCGUCGCGCCCUACAACGCACACUUUGGCCUCGCGUGA